GUUGCGUUGUGCUGUUGAUGGGCCAGGGAAUUGGCUGCCCAGAGAAAAGCAGAAAGUCAGAGCCGGCACUAAAUCAGAGCAUGAGGAAGGCGGAAAAUGGAGAAGAGGGCAGAGAGGAAGCUGUGGAGAGAGGUGACAAGCAGCUAAGAGCUCUCAGUGGUGCGGCAGACUUAAACAAUGGAGCCAUUGGGCUGUACAAUAUGGGACUGAGCUGCUGCCUGAAUUCUCUGCUUCAGGUGUUCUUCAUGAACAUACACUUCACUGUGAUACUGCGAAGGAUCAAAGUGCCGACAGAACAUAUAGAACAAAAGAAGAGUGUCCCAUACCAAAUGCUCUUGCUGUUGGAACAGAUGCAGCGUAGCAAACAGAGAGCCGUGUAUCCCCAGGAACUUGUCCGCUGUCUCACUUUGCACAAUUUGAAACUGUUUGUCCAGUAUGAUGCUGCUCAACUCUUCCUGAGCCUCUGGAACCUGAUUAAGAGUCAGAUCACAGACGGGCAGCUGGCUGACAGGUUGACCACGCUGUACACUAUCCGGGUGCAGGAGUAUCUGGUUUGUCAGAAGUGCUCCUUUGAAACAAAGAGGGACAGCAACAUGUUAACCCUCCCACUCCCAAUGUUUAAUUCCUGUUCUCAGCGACUGAAGACACUGGAGGAUUCCCUGCGUUGCUUUUUCCAGCCUGAACAGCUGACUGACAGCAACAUGUGUCUCUGUGAACAGUGUGAAAGGAAAACACCGUGUCUGCAAGGCAUGAGGCUAACAUGUCUGCCACACACUCUUACCCUUCACCUAAAGCGCUUCUACUACAGGAAAUCUUCCUGGACUCAGAAGAUCAGCUACUCUCUGCCUUUUCCACAAAGCCUUGAUUUCAACCAGAUCCUGACACAAGAGCAGUAUCAUCCAGAUGCCAAAGAGAAGGCAGAUUGGCAGUAUGAUCUCUUUGGUGUUGUUGCUCACUCGGGAUUAGCCAGCUUUGGUCACUACUGUGCCUACAUUUGGAGUCUCACAGAAGGCAAAUGGUACUGCUUCAAUGAUUCCAGUGUCUGUCAGGUAUCAUGGGAUGAUGUCAAAUGUACCUAUGGAAAUUCACAUACCCGCUGGGGUGAAACUGCCUAUCUCCUGGUUUACAUGAGAAAGAAUCCCCAGUAGCCACAUCCAGGCGGGCUUCAGGGACCUGGGGGCUCUACUCAGGCCCCACCCUAUUUAUGGAAUCUGACAACCGUGCUCCAAGAAGACUAUCUAUGAAUCCAUCAAUACAGCAGAGUGGGAGACAUGAACUCAGUUCAGCAAUGACACGUCACUGUGUAUAGUGUGUAUAUGGGGGAAUGGAAUGGUUCUGUGGGGGAAUGUGACCACCCCCUGUGUUGUCUCAGACGUACCCUCAGCCUCUACUUCCUGGAACUUGAUAUGUAUCAGACAACAGAGAAGAGCAACCACUUCCCUCUCCUGCUCUCUGUCCUGUGCUGCCCACAGAGCUUGCAAGCAUCCUCCCUGCCUGAACAAUCCUCAGUCAACUUAGUAAGUGUUCAAAUCAAGAUCAACAAAAGGAGAAACACAGUUGGGAUGCACAGUCCCCAAUGUGCUAACAGGGUGGGUGGCGCCAGGGUGGGAUGGUGUUUGGGGCUGGAUCACCUCAGUUAGCAAGAAGUUGGAGAAUUAUCAGUCACUUUUUGUGGGGGGAGGGAGGUAAAUGACACCCCCAAAUCGCCUUCCCCUGGAUAUGCACAUUGGAGGCUGCUGCUGUUUCAGUGCACCCCCAGCAGCAGCAAGCUGCUGUUGCGGAUGCACUGAAGCAGCAGCAACAGGGUCUGUUCCCACUCUCCCCCCCAGCCUGCUCCUCUCACUCACCCCUGGGGUUCUCAGG